CUCUUCUGCACCACCAAUAAAAUCACCUAAUACUACCACGCACAGGUCGGCUGAUCCAGCAGCAGAAAAUGCCAUUGAUUUUAUCACCUUCAACAGUUUAAGAACGUCAUACCUAUCUGUUGUUUCACCCGCGCUACACGGAACGCAAUAUUUAAUAUACUUUAGUUUUUGAUUGAACUGCAUUUGGAGGUUGACUCAAUCAAGAUGGACGAAGAGCCAGAGAGAGCCAAGCGUUGGGAGGGGGGUUAUGAGCGAACAUGGGAGAUCUUGAAGGAGGAUGAGUCUGGAUCUCUCAAAGCCACUGUGGAGGAAAUCCUUUUCCAGGCCAAAAGGAAAAGGGUGUUCGAGAGCCAUGGACAAGUUCGGCUUGGGAUGAUGCGUCACCUGUACGUGGUGAUUGACACCUCUAGAACCAUGGAAGACCAGGACCUGAAACCCAACCGCCUCACCUCUACACUCAAGCUGGUGGAAUAUUUUGUCGAGGAAUACUUUGAUCAGAACCCCAUCAGUCAGGUGGGCAUCAUCACCACAAAGAACAAGAGAGCGGAGAAGCUGACUGACCUGGCAGGGAACCCAAAGAAGCACAUUGAUGCCCUGAAGAAAGCAAAGGACUCUACGUGUGGAGGAGAACCCUCUCUAUAUAACUCCCUCAGCCUGGCCAUGCAGACACUCAAACACAUGCCAGGACACAGCAGCAGAGAAGUCCUCAUCAUCUUUAGUAGUCUCACCACAUGUGACCCAGCUAACAUCUACGAGCUGGUCAAGACUCUGAAGGCUCUGAAGAUCCGUGUGUCUGUGAUUGGCCUGUCAGCCGAGGUGCGUGUCUGCACCGUGCUCACCAGAGAGACCGGGGGGUCGUACCAUGUGAUCCUUGAUGAGAGCCACUUCAGGGAGCUGCUGAUGUUUCAUGUGAAGCCUCCUCCUGCUACCUCCUCCUCCGAGUGUUCCCUCAUACGCAUGGGUUUCCCCCAGCACACCAUAGCCUCUCUAUCAGACCAGGAUGCCAAGCCUUCUUUCAGCCAGGCCCAUCUGGACAGCACUGGUGGUGGUCCCGGUCUGUCUAUGGGAGGGUACUUCUGUCCACAGUGCCAGGCCAAGUACACUGAGCUACCUGUCGAGUGUAAAGUCUGUGGGCUGACACUUGUCUCCGCUCCUCACCUGGCCCGAUCUUUCCACCACCUCUUCCCCCUGGAGGCCUUCCAGGAGAGUCCUCUGCUGCUGCACCACAGAGAGAGGUUCUGUGAAGCCUGCCAGGGGGAGCUGAAAGACAAAAGUGUGUUCACGUGUCUGUCGUGCUGCAGUGUGUUCUGCGUGGAGUGUGACCUGUUCAUCCACGACACGCUGCACUGCUGCCCCUCCUGCAUCCACAGCCGCAGUGCCCCCUGAGAUGCUCUGGUCAAAAGUAGAGCGAUAUAUAUAUAUAUAGGAAACCUCAGACAAGUGCCAAUAUACCUGCACACACUUUAAAGAUGUUUACUAAUUUGGAGGAACUUCAGUGCUUUGGGCCCUUCCUGAAUUUACCUCUGGAGUUGUGUUGCUAGGAAAUGUGGAAUUGACUUUGGCCGUAUUGCUUGGAGUUGACCUUGGAGUUGUCCUGUAUCCAGGCUGACAUCUAAAGCUAGAGGACUGACUUUACCUCAAUGAUUGAGAUGGAACUGCUGAAACUCUGAGCAUCGAUAUCACCGGUUGGCUAGUGCCGGAUGGUUCUGGUAGCAGCGUAGAAUGGACCAAACUUUUUCAAUAAACUUCAGCUUUUUUGUAGAGA